UCCCUGCUUUGUCUUGUAUCUGCUCCUAUAGAAACUGAAAGCCUUGCAUGUUAUCCUAGCUUAGCGACGCACGUUCCCAAGUGGAUUCACUGUUUAGGUUUUAGGAGGAUGUGGGUGGCUGGAGUUUUUUGCCAAGUGGAUUGAGCAAGUUCACGUCCUCCCACAGUUUGGCUUUUGAUCUGGAGCUUCUAUCUCUGUCCGGAGACUAGAGAGCAGGGCAGCAGAAUUCUCUUGCUCAGACAGGACAGAGGAUCAGCUAUGGCGCUCCUCCUGGUAGGGGCGAUUUUGGGGGCCCUGGGAGUCUCCGCAGCAACACUCCCGGGCUCAGAAUCCCCCCCGGCACUGCUCCCCCGGAACGUAGCCAGGAUGGCCGUCGAAGAAUACAACCAGGAAUCGGGUGGGCAAGCCGUUUUCAGGCUGUGGAAGAUCAGAAGCACGCGCAAAACAAGAUUUGACUGGGGGGUUCACUUCAGCAUGGACUUCACCAUCAAGGAGACCCUCUGUCAGAAAACGGGCAAGUACAGGAUUGGAGACUGCAAAUACAAACCGAAUGGGACCGCCAGGGAUUGUUCUGCCGAGGUCUCAGUUCAUAACUUCAUGCAAGAAUCACCGCUGACGUCUGUGAAUUGCCACCCGUUGCAGGCAAACAACCCCAACAGCAGGAACGCCAGACCCCAAGCAAUGGAGGCCACCCAGCCCAGAAUAUUUGUGGAGCAGUAUUUCCCAUCUUCCUUUUCUACUGCAGCUCUGACAGCCCCCGAAGAGUAGAAACACCCCUUUGCCCUCAUCCACCAAGCUGAGCAUCCCUCUCGGAGUUGGGACCUUUCCGAAAUUGCUUUGAUCCCAUGGACAUUUGAUUUUCCGAACUCAUUCGGCUGGUAGAAUACUACUGUAGACUCGUGCUAUCCAAAUAUUGUUAGAAUUCUAGGAUGCCGCUGAGAUUUCUGUGUGUUUUAAAUGCAGUGGUACCUUGGGUUAAAUACUUAAUUCGUUCCAGAGGUCCGUUCUUAACCUGAAACUGAUCUUAACCUGAA